AUGAAGGACCGUAAAAAAGCUCCUCCAUUUCAUGAAUGUGAGUUGAGACUUUUGAUGAAACUAUACUGUGAUUCCUAUGAAGAAUAUCACGGACGAGGGAAAAACGGUGAAUCCGGAAGAUGCGGUCCAAAUGACAAGAAAAGCUUGUUGAGACGAUUUGCGAAGGAAGUGUCUAAUUUGGGAUUCUACCAACGCACCGAAAAGCAAAUUGAGGAGCGACUUCGUGCCGAUUGCAAACGAGUUCGAAAACAUGAGAGAGCACGAAUUCAUGAAGGACAGGAGGCGGUCAUCAACAGUUUGCCGUCAUAUUUACAUCAAUUGUACGAAUGCCGUAAAACCAAAUCCUUAAACGGUUCUACUGCAAUGAAUCAUGAUGAAGAAUAUGAGGAUCAACAUCAUGAUGUUACAGAAGAAUCGAAUUUCGACAUUUCACAGGCGUCAACAUGGAAUAAGGUCGAGGUUAUAACACCGCGUGAGGGAAGUCCAGUUGGAGAACCACAGUCCAGUGAGACCUUUAUGGAGAAUGAAGAUGGUGCCGAUGAAGCUGCACCAACAUCUACAACCCCUAGUCAGAGGAGAAUCCCUCGAAAAUAUGCUAAAGCGGUGAGGGCAGAAUCCCCAAGCCCAUCAAUGGACCGUCGAGCACAAUUAUAUGAGGAGGAGAUAAAACUCUCUAUGCUUCGACAGCAAUUAGCGAUAGAAGAGCUGAAACUGAUUGUGAUCAAGAACGAUCUAGCUCGAGCACAACUAGAAAGGGAAACAAUAGCUACUGAACGUGAACGUUUCGAGUUGGAAAGGGCUAAACAAGAACAAUAUUCCGAACAACUGAAGUUAUAUCACAUUAAACAAGAUCUCGCUCGUGCUCAGUUGGAGCGAGAAAUGAUAGCGUUAGAACGCGAACGAUUAAAGCUGGAAAGGGAGAAACAGCAAAACAAUGAUCCCAAUUCCCGAGUGACAUCGCAAAGCGUUGAUAAUUCUUAA